UGCCCGUGCUGUCCAGCUCGGCCGUGAAGUUCCGCCGGGUCCUGGCGCACUUCCCCCAGGAGCUCAGCCUGGCCUUCGCCUACGGCUCCGGGGUGUUCCGGCAGGCGGGGGCCUCGGCCGAGCACGGCGAGACAAAUAUGCUGGACUUCGUGUUUGCUGUUGAUGAUGCUGUGACCUGGCAUAUGAUGAACUUGUUAAAGAACAGGAGUCAUUAUUCCUUCCUUAAAUUUUUUGGGCCCAAAAAGAUAAGUAACAUACAGAGAUAUGGAGCUGGAAUUUACUACAACACCUUAGUGCCGUGCAAUGGCAGGAUGAUAAAAUAUGGAGUAAUUAGCACUGAUGCCCUGAUUGAGGAUUUGUUUCACUGGAAAACGCUCUAUGCAGCUGGGCGCCUACAAAAACCGGUGAAAAUCCUGGCCCAGAAUGAGAACAGCAGGCUGCAAGCUGCUCUUGUCAGCAACCUGAAGAGUGCAGUGACAGCAGCCUUCCUCAUGUUGCCAGAGAGCUUCUCUGAAGAGGACCUUUACAUGCAGAUUGCAGGACUCUCCUACUCCGGUGAUUUCAGAAUGAUAAUAGGAGAAGACAAAUCCAAAGUGCAGAACAUAGUGAAGCCCAACGUUGCCCAUUUCCAGAAGCUGUACAGUACCAUACUCCAGGACUGCCCUCAAGUGGUGUACAAGCACCAUCUGGGAAGGCUCGAGAUUGAUAAAAGUCCAGAAGGUCAAUUUGCACAGCUUAUGGCUUUGCCAAAGACUCUGCAACAAAAGAUAACUGCUCUGGUAAACCCUCCUGGAAAGAACAGAGACGUGGAAGAAAUUUUACUGCAAGUUGCCCAUGACCCUGACUGUGGAAUUGUGGUUCAUCAAGGCAUUUCAGGAAUUGUGAGAUCCUCCAGUGUGGUGCAGAGUGCUAAAACCAUCCUGACAGCUGGGGCAAAGAAAUCUGUAACUUACAGUUUGAAGAAAUUAUAUAAGAUGACAAAGGGAGGGUUAAAGAAGACAUCUUGAGUCUUUACAUACUGUGUAUGGGUAAAUAAAUGGUACUUUUUCUCUAAAUGUUUUGCAGAUGUGACUUUGCAUACUUGAGAAGAUUACAGUGUAUUUAAGAAGUCUGUUCUGAUGAUUUACAUGCCCAAUUUUCCUAAUGAAAUAGGAACUUUUCUAAUGGGAGGUUUGUUGGCAAUAGGGCAAAGGAAUUAUACUCUGUAAAUACUGAAAUGAAUUUUCCUGUAUAUUUUGAAGAGCUCUAAGUAAAAAAGAUUGCUUGUACAGCUGGAUUCAAACCCAAAGUCACUCGUUUUCCAUGUGUUGGUAGCUUUACUUCCCAAAAUACCCUCAGAGCCUCUUUCAAAAUGAUCAAUAUCCCAAAUUUAGUUCUUUUAGGGAUUUACAGAACUGGAGAACCCAUUGAGUUUUCAGUAGGUAUGAAACUGUCCUUUGACAUUCCUGCCCUGACAAGUUCACCCUUGGAAUUCCUCUGAGGAUGCUGCCUUUGACAUCUUGAACACCAAAAACUUCCCACAGUGACUUUCAGUGUGGGAGAGGGAAAAGAGCAGCUUGGCAGGGGUCAGAUCCUUUAAUAAAGAUAUUUAAUAAUAUUAAUAAAUAAGGAUAUUUAAUAAUAAUAAUGAAAUUGUGUGUUCCUCUGACGAGACUGAGCUGAAAAGUACCAGAUUCAUGGGCAUUGUUACAAGGGCCAGAGUCAGAAGGAAAAUGAGAAUUCUGUGGAUCAUUUUGGGCAGACUUAUGCAAUAUUUGUUAUUUAGCAGAAGAUUCCACCAAAACACUUGAAAAUUUGGAAUAUUUGGAACAAAAGCACAGAUUGUUUGAUUCUUUGAUUAUCUUUUCUUUUCCCUGCCCACAAAGAUGAAACCUGAACUCCCUUUAAAUUAGCUAAACUAAAGCAAAUUGGAGUUUUACAUGACUUGUUACAUUAAUCAUGCCAUGAAAGAAUGGGCAUUGCUGCCAGUAUCCAUGUCUGGUAGAAUAAAUUUGGAGUAUCUUUUGUAAAUAGAAUAUUUUUCACACUGACUCAGGUGGAUUUGCUGAUCUGGGAAUUUUUCCUUCAAGAUCUCAUUUUAUUUGUGAGAAUGUCAACAAUAAAAAUAAUUUGAUGGUAAAAAAAAGGAAAUAAAAUGUAUCUUUCCUGA